AGUGUGCCCACACAAAGCAAAUAGAAUGUAGCUGCUGCUUUUUUAAAUGGCUCCAAAUAUGUGUGUCCAUGCCCUGUCACACAGGUGACCAACCUGCAGUAUGCAUGCCCCAAAGUGUCAUGGGAAGUCUGUGUGUGGGGCACACGACAGAUCAAGGAGGGGACAGGGAGCAGAGCAGCUGGUUGGAAAGGGAGCAAAAAGAGCAGCAGAUCAGGCAGAAGAAGGGAAUCGGCGUGGCACUUGGGGAUGGUGCAGAGCUAACUUGUAGCAUGCCUGCCAAAAAGAUUAACCAAUAUUGCCCUAUCAGAAGACCCUCAGUGAAGGCAAGGCCCUUAGGUUUGCUUUCAGGUUAGCAGUACUCUGAACCCCCAAGACACCCCAUAGAAGUGAAAAGCCCUCUGUGUCGCAUAACUCUGACUUCCAUCCUGUAGCUCUGUGCUACUUGCUAAUGCAAUGACCAACCUAAUCCUGUCAUUACAGUUCUUAGCAUCCUCACCUACUGGUGGCAGAGGGGGGCAAGAGAGCUAAGCACACACUCAAGAUCUUUUACUUCUCAACAAUACAAGCUCUGUGUUGACUUUAAAACUAAAAACAAAACAAAACACAGUUGACUAACUUACGUAGCACUAAACAGAGCCACACUCUGACGUCUUGGGUCUGUAUUCAAAAUGAACAGGGCAGCAAAGGUACUGUCUUAACAAGUCUGCCUUCUUAUAUGGACCCUAUUGCUGCAGGAUCUAAGGCUGUGUAAUACCACACUGUUUUCAGUUCCUAGGAACAUACUGAACUGCAGGUAAAUACAUAAAGAGGAGGCAGCAAGACAGCAAUGCAUGGCAGAUGUUUGUCAGGUUGCCUAACUGCUGUGGUGGAUGGCCAUCCACCCAUACCAAAUUGUAUUUCACCCUGUCAGGCCAUACUAGGUAUUUGAGGACAGUGAUGAUAGUGGGCUAGUGACUGAAGACUGCUAGGGUGUUGGGUAUGAAAGCUGGCAUAGACUGUGAUUUCCUUGCUUUGUUAGGACUUGUUUUUGUUGAGGAACCUUAAUUCUGAUAUAAUGCGGUUUUUCUUGAAGAUUUCCUGGAUUAUUUAUUUGUAAAAAUGGCUGAAGGCAGGUUGAGCAGUAGGACAGAAGAUCCAUCUGGAGAAUAGGCCUGUGGAGCUGUUCAAUCUAUCUCCCUCCCAAUUAAACCUUUGCAUGUUAGUCAGAGUGCUUCAGCCAGUGCCUGAAACUUCUUUGCCAGCAGCUUUAAGCUGUUCACAUGCAGCUGCGGUAUCCUGGCAACGUGACAAGCUUUGAGUGUUAGGCAGAGAAAGCUUAAGAGUCAUUUAAAGCUCUUUCCACCAGGAGCAGAACAGAUGGGAUUAUUUUCCUCUUCCUGCUCAGCUCUGCUCCAGAUCUCCCAGCUAGGCUCCAUGCUCCUCAGGUCCUGGCAAGAACCUUCUUCCCCACCUUCUCUGCCCUCUCAGUGUUUUCCUUGUAAACUUUUGAGUGCUUAGCUUGUGAUAUAUCUAGAUUUAAGUGCAUCUUAAGUGCUUGAGUUUACAAGUAGGCAACUGGGAUAAGGUAGCAAGAGGGGGAAGUAAUUGUGGACAAGGGAUCUUCCCAAGAACAACAGGAAGGAAGUUGUUACCAUACUUGCCACUAGGCAUCAUAGGAAAGUAGGACUGGAAGGGACCUCCAGAGGGCAUCUAUUCCAGCCCCCUGCAUGAUGCAGGAUCAUCCCUAUCCAGACCAUCCUAUACAAAUCAAAUGUCUAACAUAUUAGCAGAACUACAUGGCCAACCCUGACACAACCACAAGAGGUAGCACCUUAAUCUGCCACGGGUAAAAGCAGGGUCACUGUGGCAGCCAAAUUUCUGCUGUGGCAAGGGUGUUGAAAUGCACUUGAGAGAUCCCAAGAAGAGGGCCAUCCCCCUGCUACAGAGGAAAGUAAAAACCCCCACAGUCUGUGCCAGUCUGGCAAUGGGGUAAGCCAGGUCUGACCCUGAGCAGAGGGGCAAGACCCUCUAGCCAGGAACCUCUGGAUUUAAGUCCUAGCAGGAACAUUGGUACACCCCAGUCAAAAUCCCUGAUCCUCGCUGCAGCCAACAUCCAAUGCUUCGGAGAAAGGCUAACUCCUCCCUCCCCUUACCCCCAACACACAUGUAGUAGCAGGAAGGGGAAAACAUUCAUUUCCUGCCUCAUGUGGCAACCAAAAAAGCCCAGGAGCAUGGGAAAUACUGAAAGUAGAACAUGGGUGUAGUUACACCUAGAUCAUCCCUGACCUUGAUAAACAUACCGUGGUCUUCUCUAUGCAAGUGGAGCAUGAAGUUUCCAGCUGUCUGUACUAAAGGCACUCAGCGCCAUGUCUCUGUCCCAUCUUGCUCAAGGGAAGUUGUUGGUGAGCAUCUCUCUAAUUUAAAGGGAACCUGCAUCUGGUCCAGCAUUUACACCUUAAUUACAAAAGACAAACAGACCAAAACAAUUCUUCCUGCAAAGCUCUAUGCAGAGAGAGGCUAAGAGGAAGUAGCUGCAAUCCCAUUGAUGACCACAAGGGGGUGAGUGUGGCCUGCAGUUAGCCAUUGAAACACUCCUUCUGCCUGAAGAAGGGUGUUUGUACCUGAAAGCUUGCAAAGAACAAUUGAACAACUAUUUAGUUGGCCUAAUAAAAGAUAUCACAUUUACCCAAAGAACUUUGUUAACCAUUCAAACACUUCAGUUCCCUCCAGUGCUGGGAGCCAGGAGGUCAGUAACAGCUUGGGUCAAUUUCUGAGAAGCAGGAAGUGAAAGUUUAGUUCAGAAGAAGAGCUAGAAGCACUCUGAUCCUGUGAGGACAAGCAUGGGACACAGAUGGAACUAGGAACUGAGUGAUGCCACCCAAUGUAGCACCCUGAACUGAGCUGAGGGAAGCACAGGCACCACCAUAAAGGGGAUGAGUGCAUGGGCUCAAUAUUUGGCUCCUAACCUGAGCUUUGUGUAAGGGUUGGUGACUGUAUCCCUUUGAGCAGAGCCCUUGGCCUGCAGAGUCUCUCUGCAGCUAUUUGUGUCCUUGUUGUCCAGCUGUCCCAUGUGUCCUUUUAACCAGCAGGUGGUAGAUUGAAUAUGUGCCCAGGCCCAGACUGCCUAUGGGUGCCAGUUUGCUCUGCUUGACUAGAGGAGCUCUGCAUUUCACUGUGGAAAGCUGCCCUGGGAGUGUUCUCUGCUGCCCUUUUGACCAGCAGGCCGGACUUGAGUGGGAUCCCCUGUACAGGCUCCUCUCUUCCAAUGAGGGGUGGCACAUGCUGUCUUAGACAUCCCAGAUGAGCAACAGCUUAGCAGCCUGUAACCCAUUUGUUGCUCUGGGGCAUGACUGGGACCUACAGCCUGACUCCUUCCCAGUGCCAAACUGGGUUGAGGGGCAGAACCAUGUCUCUGUUUAAAUCUGAGCCCUGCUGUCUUCCACCAGGAGAGUGAGUGGUUUGUUGACCAGCUCCUCAUAUCUGCUGUCCUGUUCCCUAGAUGGAGGCCUGGCCAUAGCUGUCACUCCCCCCAACCUUCCCUCCUGUCCUACCCAGAACCAGGAGCCUCCCAGGAGAGGAUACGAGACGGGAGCAUCCUUAAGGGAACUCCUUUGUUUGUGGCUUGGGAUUGUUGUCCAGCCCUUGCUCUAUCUUGAGCCCUCCCCUUCCAGAGCUUUGUGGACACCUCCUCUGGCACGUGGGGAUAUGUAGGCAUGGCAGGAGGCCCUACCCAUCUAAUUGCUGGUUUCUGUAUUAACAGCCACUGUUUGGGGUGCCCCCAGUCACUAUGGAAACCUUUUUUAAAAGGCACUUCAGGAAGAAGGGGUGUUCGAGGUCCCGGCGUGCCAGCAUGGCAGUGCCCACUGGUAAGGUCCGGCGGCGCUCGUUGGUGGGCCAGCCCUCUGCCUCAUUGGCCCAGCACCGCCGCCGGUCCAGCACCCCGCUCCAGGGCCUCUCACUGUGCCUGGGCUCCCCCAGGAAGGGCAGGUCGAGCACCCGGCGCCGCUCUAGCACCACCCCCCCAUGUGUCAGCCCCAGAUUCUCAGUCCAGAAGAAGCGUGGGGCCCAGAUGCGCACCAUCGACACCCACCUCAUGGGCCCCUCCAUGCUGCUGGCCAACCUCAUCCAAACGAGGGAGGAAGAAGAAGGGAGACGGUCGCCUUAUGAGGAAGGCUCUGGAUCCGAGUCACCCCAGGAGGGGCCAGAGGAGGAGGCCUACUGGGAAGAGACUGUCACCUCCGGAUCUGAGGAAGCAGAGCAGGACAGGCAUGAGCAGCAGGCUUUGCUUCCCUGGCAGACCUGGCCCCCUGUGCUACGCCCUCUUAGCGUGGGGCACCUCCUGCGUGCUCCGCGCUACCUGCGUCGCAAUUCAUCUCGCCUCCUGCCUGCUGACGUGGUGUACAGCAAGGCAGCCUAUGGGCUGUAUGGGAGCUACCGGCGCCUCAGCCAGCCACGGCGUGCUAGUGAGGUCCUCACGGUGGGCAUGUUGCUUCCUCCAGACAGAGCCCAGCUGGCCACCAAGAGACAGAGGGCUCUCUCCAAAGGCAUGCCGCCAGCAUUGGCAGCCCCACACGAAUGUUUGGGAGCAGAGCCCGCCUAUGGUCCCUGUACUGGUGCCUCCCGUGAAAGCUGGAGCCCUUUGCUGCUGAAAGCUAUAGCCAAGUCUGGCCUCCAGCACAUGGUCGCACAGCCAAGCCCUGCACUUGCCUUGAGGAGUGACCCAGAGAGGCAGAUCCGCAGCACUGUGGACUGGAGCGAGACUGCAGUCUAUGGGGAGCACAUCUGGUUCGAGACUAACGUGUCUGGGGAUUUCUGCUACGUGGGGGAACAGAACUGUGUGGCCAAGAUGCUGCAAAAGCCUCUGUCCAGGCGCAAAUGCGCAGCCUGCAAGAUUGUGGUGCACACGCCCUGCAUAGAGCAGCUGGAAAAAAUAAAUUUCCGCUGCAAACCCUCCUUCAGGGAGUCAGGAUCGAGGAACAUUCGGGAGCCUGCAAUUGUACGACAUCACUGGGUACACCGUAGACGCCAGGAAGGGAAGUGCCGGCAGUGUGGAAAGGGUUUCCAGCAGAAGUUUGCCUUCCACAGCAAGGAGAUUGUGGCCAUCAGCUGCUCCUGGUGUAAGCAAGCGUACCACAGUAAGGUGUCAUGCUUCAUGCUGCAACAUAUCGAGGAACCCUGCUCACUGGGGGCUCAUGCUGCUGUUGUUGUCCCACCCACCUGGAUCCUGCGUGUCCGGCGCCCCCAGAAUCCAUUGAAGUCCAGUAAGAAGAAGAAGAGGGCAUCGUUCAAGAGGAAAUCCAGCAAAAAGGGACCCGAGGAGGGGCGAUGGAAACCCUUCGUUAUCAAGCCCAUGCCAGCACCGCUCAUGAAGCCCCUCCUGGUGUUUGUGAACCCCAAAAGUGGGGGCAAUCAGGGAGCCAAGAUCAUCCAGUCCUUCAUGUGGUAUCUCAAUCCCCGGCAAGUCUUCGACCUCAGCCAGGGCGGCCCUAAGGAAGCGCUGGAGAUGUACCGGAAGGUACACAACCUCCGCAUCCUGGCAUGUGGUGGGGAUGGCACGGUGGGCUGGAUCCUUUCCAUCCUAGACCAGUUGCGCCUGAACCCUCCUCCUCCUGUAGCCAUCCUGCCUCUGGGGACUGGAAACGACUUGGCCAGGACACUGAACUGGGGCGGGGGUUAUACAGACGAGCCCCUGUCAAAAAUCCUGUCACAUGUGGAGGAUGGGAAUAUAGUGCAGCUUGACCGCUGGAAUCUCCAUGUGGAGCCAAACACUGAAGCAAGUCCUGAGGAGAAGGAUGAAACAGCCACGGACAAGCUUCCCCUUGAUGUCUUCAAUAACUAUUUCAGCCUGGGCUUUGAUGCACGUGUGACCCUAGAGUUUCACGAAUCACGAGAGGCCAAUCCAGAGAAGUUCAACAGCCGGUUUCGGAAUAAAAUGUUCUACGCUGGGACGGCAUUUUCUGAUUUUCUUACUGGGAGCUCCAAAGACUUGGCAAAGCACGUCAAACUGGUGUGUGAUGGAGCAGACCUGACAUCCAAGAUCCAGGACCUGAAACCACAGUGCCUCGUCUUUCUUAACAUUCCAAGGUACUGUGCAGGCACCAUGCCCUGGGGCAACCCUGGGGAGCACCACGACUUUGAACCCCAGCGCCAUGACGAUGGCUGCAUUGAGGUCAUCGGCUUCACUAUGACAUCCCUGGCUGCCUUGCAGGUGGGUAGACACGGGGAGCGGCUGUGCCAGUGCCGGCAGGUGUUGCUCACCACAUCCAAGGCCAUUCCCAUGCAGGUGGAUGGGGAGCCGUGCAAACUGGCACCCUCUUCUAUCCACAUCUCCCUGCGCAACCAGGCCAACAUGGUACAGAAGACCAAGCGACGCAACUCCAUGCCCCUCCUCAACGACCAGCAGCCUGUGCCUGAGCGGCUGAGAAUCCGGGUGAGCCGAAUCAGUAUGCAUGACUAUGAGGCACUUCACUACGACAAGGAGAAGCUCAAGGAAGCCUCGGUGCCCCUAGGCAUCAUUGUGGUUCCAGGAGACAGUGACCUUGAGAUGUGUCGGACCCAAAUCGAGAAGCUCCAGGAGGAAGGGGAUGGGGCCAAACCAAAGGCACUGUCAUCCCAGAAGCUGUCGCCCAAGUGGUGUUUUCUGGAUGCAACUACGGCUGAUCGGUUUUACAGGAUAGACCGUGCACAGGAGCACCUCAACUACGUGACGGAGAUCUCUCAGGACGAACUGUUUGUGCUGGACCCGGAGCUGGUGAUCACUCAAACUGUGGGCACCUCUCCUGCCAUGCCUGACCUGGUCGACACAUCAUCCACACCCACAGGGCACCAUUUUGCUUUCCCUUCUUCCUCAUCCUCUCCACCCUCUUCACCUGCCCCCAGCUCAGAAGCAGGGGUUGGCCCCACACACAAAGACAACCCUUUGAUAGAAGCUGCCAAGAGUGGUGACUUCAGCAAGUUCCAGGAGUUGCACAGGGCUGGAGGAGACCUGAUGGUGCGAGACUCUUCUGGUCAGACAGUCCUGCACCUUGCUGUCAAGUCAGGGAGCAAGGACAUUGUCAAGUACAUCAUUGAGAAUGCUCCUUCAGAGAUCCUUGAUGCAACAGAAGAAAAGAACAGUGAGACCAGUUUGCAUCAGGCUGCUGCCCUGCGCCAGCGUACUAUUUGCCACUACAUUGUGGAGGCUGGGGCUUCACUCAUGAAAACAGACCUGCAAGGAGACACCCCCAAGCACAGGGCCGAGAAAGCCAAUGAUCCUGACCUGGCUGCCUACCUUGAAAACCGACAGCACUACCAGAUGAUCCAGCGGGAGGAUCAGGAGACAGCUGUGUAGUGCUCAGCGUGCCUUAACCUAUGCCUCUGCCAGUGUGGGCAGGGCAGGAAGAUGACUGUGGAGCUGCGGGCCCAGCCUAGCCCUUCCCGAGUCUCAGCUCAGUCCCAGGAAGAAGAGGCAGCGGCUGUGUCCCAGACCUGGCUGGGACUGUAUUUAUUUGUGUGGUGGGUGUUUGGGACUUAGAGCCCAGGUGCCCCCUCGCCUACCACAUUCCCCGCACUAGAGACAGACUUUGCUCCAGCAGCUGUCUUGCCCCUGCUUCCCACAGGAGCCAUUGUGCUGCCCCUGCAGGUGAGAGGCAGCUACAUCCCCUCCGCAGUCCUUCAGGGGUAUUUGCAGUUUGGCAUCCAGCUCCUUGCCACGUCAUAGCACCACAUAUUGCCUGUCCACUGGAGCUAUCAUUCAAACCAUGCCUGCCCCCUACUGGUUCCAGGAGCCUGCCACCAGAAUCUGCAGGCGGUUACCUGAGACCUGCUCUGCCUGUUGCCCCCAUCUCUGCUGGCCAGGCAAAAGGAUUUCCAGAAGCUCUUGUGA